AUGUUUUUCGUCGUCGGACUCGGCCUUUGUGAUGAAAAAGAUAUCACUGUUCGUGGACUUGAGGCAGUGAAAUCCGCCUCUCGUGUUUACCUCGAAGCCUACACAUCUAUUCUCAUGGUACAGAAAGAUCGACUGGAAUCAUUCUACGGCAAAGAAGUGAUUGUUGCAGACCGAGAUCUGGUAGAAUGCGGCAGUGAUGAGAUUUUGAAGGACGCUGAUAAGGAAGAUGUGUGUCUUUUGGUUGUUGGUGAUCCGUUUGGCGCGACGACUCACACCGACAUUCUCCUUCGCGCCCGCCAUCUCGGUAUUCCAACAAGAGUGAUUCAUAACGCGUCGAUUAUGAAUGCAAUCGGGGCAUCCGGGCUACAGUUGUACAACUUUGGCCAGACAGUCUCAUUAGUCUUCUUCACGGAGACGUGGAAGCCUGAUAGUUUUUAUGAUCGGAUAAAAGAGAAUACAGAGGGUGGAUUGCACACUUUACUCUUGUUAGAUAUCAAGGUGAAGGAGCAGAAUGAAGAAAACCUAGCCAGAGGUCGCAAAAUAUACGAGCCUCCGCGUUACAUGACUAUCCAACAAGCGGUUACUCAAUUACUUGAAAUUGAAGCAUUUCGCAAAGAGGGAGUGUUAGAUGCGGAUAAAACGCUGGCCGUAGCCAUGAGUAGAGUGGGUGGAUUGGAUGACCAGCGUAUCCUCGCAGGCCCACUGUCAUCCUUCCUUCGUGCACCGCCUGAUGCGUUCGGUCCACCUUUGCAUAGCAUGAUCAUUGUUGGAAGAAGGUUACACCAUCUGGAAGUAGAGUACGGGGAAGUUUGA